CGGCAGUGGUAUCGCACUGUACCAUACGUAUUGAUUCUUGGUAGAAAGAUACUAUUAAUAAGGUGUCAAGGAGCAACUCGUACGGUACGAUCCUUGACAUAAAAAAGAAACAGCGAGAACAAAAUGUUUCUGCUGCGUGUUCUCAGGUUUGCCUUGACAUAUCUACUAUUUCCGACUGUCGUUGAAGGAUUUGUUUCAAACAAGCUCUCUGACAUGGCAGGGAAAAAGCAAAUAAUUCAAAUGAACGACAAAGAUCUUUCGACUGGCGCUGCGGAACCAGCCGCCGCAUCGUCUGCCUGUCCCCAUCCGUUCACACAGCUCCCAGGGGAUCCAUCUCUAGUGUUGGUAACAAAUCUGGAUCUUGGCACCAAGAAACUUGACGUGAUGAAGAAGGUCUCGAAGGCCAUCAGCGAAACUACGGGCAAACCAGAAUCCUACAUCGGAGUUUCCAUCACUGACAACGCAAGCGUGAUUUUUGGGUAUGUCAAGUCUUUCUGUCUUAUCCUCAUCAAAACAUCGCUGUUGACGCUAGGAAGGAGUUCCGUUUUGUGUAUUGUCGCUCGCACUUCUACAUCACUUACAAAUUUUGCUUUUUCAUUGCAAUCCAUUCCAAAAUAUGUUUUGCCACCGUCAUUCACCCAUGCUAAACACAUGCAAUUCCUAUUCAAAUCAAAAGAGGAUCCGACAAACCUUGUGCACUCGGAAAUUUGUACAGCAUCGGAGCAAUUUCAAUGGAGAACAACGGGCAGAUGCAGUCGAAAAUUACUGAUAUUUUGGAAGAGUUCGGGUUGAAGGAGGAUAGAAUGUACAUCAACUUUUGGGACAUGCCCAGAGCAAACGUUGGAUGGUCACGACGCACGUUUGCUGGUUGAUUGGGAUGACUAUGAAGGAUUGUGUCGAAAAAAGUCAGUGUGGUACGUUAGGAAUGUAUUAAAAUAUGCGCAUGUAU